ACUUCUCUUUCUCACCAUUCAUCUUCACUUUGAGUCAGACCAAAGCCACUUGGAUUCCACAUAAAAAAAAAAAUUGAUUCUUUUUUUAAAAGGAUUAUUAUUUCUGUCCUCAUUAAUUUGUUUCCUUCGUUUAUCAUCUUCUUUAUCUUUUAGAACUUGUGGCCUUGUGGGUCAUAUAUUAUAUAGUUAUAUACCUUGGAGCUUAUUUUUCUUCUUUAUCUUGGGUUUGUGAUUAAUUUGGUCUAAAAUAGAUUGGUUUAAUUUUGUAAAGUGGGGGGUGUAGAAUUUAAUGUGAUGGGUUCAGGUACUAAUUUGGUUACUACGGUUAUUGGAUUUGGAUUGAGUGCAUCUUUCAUUGUAUUUGUAUGCUCAAGAAUACUUUGUGGAAGAUUUAGAGGACAACGUUUGAGAUCACGAACUAUAUACGAAAUUGAAUCAAGAAAUGAUAUUGAACGGCCAGAAUAUCAUGGUAAUACCCCUGAACCUUCAUUUGUUGCUGCAAUCCCCACUUUAAAUUUCAAUCAAGAGGCCUUCAGUACCAUUGAGUGUACACAGUGUGUCAUAUGUUUGGGAGAUUACAAAGAAAAGGAAAUAUUGCGCAUAAUACCAUAUUGUGGUCACACUUUUCAUCUUUAUUGUAUUGACAUGUGGCUAAGAAAACAAUCCACAUGUCCUGUAUGUCGUUUGCCAUUGCAUAGUGUUUGUGAAGCAAAACAUGUGAGACCUAUAACAUUCACCAUAACACAAUCUCUUAAUGAUACUUCAGAAGGGAACAUAGGUAAUGAGAGACAAGUUGAACUUAAUGCAAGAGAAACAGAAUCAAUGCAGUGAUAUAAGAUAGCUUAUAGAGAAUCUUUGUAUAUUCUUCAUAUGCAAUUAUGUGAUACAAAUGAUAGAUAUUUAAAUUUUCUGACCAUUUGAAAAAUAUAUGUUUAGAUAAGUCAACUUUUUACAUAUAACUCAAUUAUCUUCA